CCAGCAGGUCUUGAGCUCUCUUCCCGCGCAAAAGGAUUCUAACUUCUCAAAAACUUUGUUUUCAGGCAGUUUCCUCCAGAACCUUCAGGGGGUUGGUGGAACUUGAUCCGAAGGUAGAAUGGCCAUGGCAUCUCAAGGUCAAUGUCUGAGUUCCAGUUCAGAUAAAAACCGUAAAGUGAACUUUCGAGAGAGGCUUCUGAUUAUUGAUUCACAACUGGGGGUCAAGGAUGUGGAGAAACUGAAGUUUCUCUGCCAGGACUUUGUCUCCCACAAGAAGUUGGAGACGUGCAGCUCAGCCUUGGAUAUCUUUGAUCUUCUCUUGGCAGCAGACCUGCUGCGUGAGGAAGACUCUUUCUUCCUCGCGGAACUCCUUUAUAUCCUCGAGUGGAUAUCACUGCUGAGGCACCUCAACUACACCAAACAGCAAGUGGAGAGUUUGCUGCCCACCCAAAGGAAGGUCUCUCUGUUUAGAAACCUGCUCUAUGAACUGUCAGAAGGCAUCAUCCCAGAGAACUUACAGAGCAUGAUCUUCCUGCUGGGAGACUCGAUUCCCAAAAUCCCAAUGACUUCUCUAGGUUUGCUGUUGUAUCUCGAGAAACAAGGUAAAAUAGAUGAAGAUAAUUUGACAUCCCUGGAGUACCUCUGUGGAAAAACUGUACCUAAACUUGUAGAAAAGAUAGAGAAGUAUAAAAGAGAGAAAGCUGCCCAGUUAGCGACACUUCCUGUAGACAAGGAAACUGAGUCAUUGCAUCAAGGAGAGGAAGAGCUAUUUUCCCGAUCAGACACUACAAAAUUUCUUAGAGCCUUACAGGAGGGGCCUUGUCAAAAUGAGCAUACAAGGAGUAAUGGUGACAGAGCAACAAAUGGUGCACUGGCCUCGGUCUCCAUGAUCCCAGCAUCUGCCACCCUGGGAGCAUCUCCCAACACUCUGAAUUCUGAAGCCAGCACAAAGGAGGUAGCUGUGUACAGGAUGCAUGGGAAACACAGAGGCCACUGUGUCAUUGUCAACAACCACAGAUUUACCUCCACCUCCCUGCCAGACAGACCAGGGACCCAUAAAGAUGCUGAGUCCCUGAAGCGUGUGUUUCAGUGGCUUGGGUUCACAGUACACACACAUGUUGAUGUGACCAAAGGGCGUAUGGAUGAGGUUCUGCAGGAACAGAAGAGCCAUCCGGGCCAUGCUGACGGGGACUGCUUCGUGUUCUGUGUUCUGACCCAUGGGAAAGAUAGGAUGGUCUACUCUUCAGACGGGGUCCCCAUUCCCAUUGGGGAGAUCCUAUCUCACUUCACAGCCCAGCAGUGCCCUGGACUGGUUGGAAAACCUAAGCUCUUUUUCAUCCAGGCCUGCCAAGGCGAAGCGAUACAACCUUCUGUGCCCAUUGAAGCAGAUGCCCUGAACCCUGAGGACACAUUCCCGCCUCUGGAGUACAGAAUUCCCAUCACGGUGGAUUUCCUGCUUGGGCUGUCCACUGUCCCAGGCUAUCUAUCCUUUCGACACAUGGAGGAAGGCAGCUGGUAUAUUCAGUCUCUGUGUAAGCAUCUGAAGAACUUUGUCCUAAGACACGAAGACAUCUUAUCCAUCCUCACUGUUGUCAACCAUGAUGUGAGUCGAAAAGCGGACAUCCGUGGAAUAAAGAAGCAGAUGCCCCAGUCUGCCAACACACUAACAAAAAAAGUAGUAUUCCCUGCGCCACCUGGAGCACUUCAGUGGUAGCAGAGAGUCUUCAUCGGCCGUUAGACUUGAAAGGAACCUGUGGCUUUGUCCUGCAACCUCCCACCCCGCACAGCAAUCAGUGGUGGGUGGUAAGCUGGUCUCCACCUGUGCUUCUCGUGAUAGGAAACACCCUGUUUUCAGACACAGUCAAUUCUGUUUUUUCUUUUUUUUUUUUGACA